AUGGAUACUAUUGAACCGUUUGCUGAUACCAACACCAACAAUGGUAAUAUUGCUGGCAGCAAAGAGUAUAAUGGACCCAAUGGUGACUCUAUUUCUGUAGAAAUAGUUAAAGAAACUAAAAAGUGCUCAGCUGGUUCCACAAAAGUCCUAAAUCACUUGUUCAAGACAAAAAAGUUUGGCAAAAAACAUUCCUCAAAAUGUAACCCAGAGCAUAAUGGAGCUGUAGGUGACUCCACAGAGUUGGUUAAACUAACUUCAAAAUCCGAAAGCAGUUCUGCAGGACAUUUACUAAAGUUGAUAUUGAAGACAAAAAAAACAGCAAAAAAGAAUUCAAAAUCUAGCCCAAACCUAUUGGACUUCAGUCAGAAUCUGGAAAAGGGAUAUCUGGCAGAAGCUAGCCAGCAACUUUUAGAAAGGGAGAAGGGCCUCUUCAUCUUACAGUCCUCAGCUAAGGAUGAAAGUUCCACCAAAGAUGAAAUAAAAGGUUUGACGGCGGACUAUGAGACCCUGAUAGAUCAUCUGAAGAUGGCUGUCUACAAUUCCUUUAUCAUGGACAGUCAGGAGGUGUUGAGAAGUGCCAUAAUGGCUAUAGUUCAGCAAGAGGAUCAAGACAGGCUCUGGGAAGAGGCGGCAGAGGAGCCCCCAUGUUGGCGACCCAUGAGAUGCCUACAGAUCCAUGACACGAUACUUAAGGAGGUAGUGGAGAUACGACUUAAGCAAGUAAAUGAAGAAGAACUUGAAGAAGGAGAAAUGCUUAAAAGAGAAGUGUUACAGAUAGGCAGUGUCAUUCAGAAUGACCUACUUCAGGUUGUCAAUUAUGUGCAAGGAUGUUACUCAUCAGAUUUCAAUGUGUGUAACAUAUAUGCUCAGCUCUACCAUCAAGCUUUCUCAACAAAACUCAGAAAACUUUUACAGUUCAGUGUUACUUUGGAGGAUUACAGAUUCAUACUUCAACAAAUAAACUUUUAUUUAAAGAACAUUUUGCAACAGGAUGAACUGAAGCCGCACAUCGACACUGAUUCAUUAGGAUCUUUGUUAUCUGAGGAGGAUCAUAAUUCACUGGAGGAGCAGUACCUGUCACACAAAAAGAAGGAGGUCAAUACUUGGUUGGACAACGCUCUAAAGUUAAAGGAGGCAGACUGGCAGACUAAUAAAAAACCUGAACUUGAUGAUGAAUAUUAUUUUUGCCAUCUGGCUUUAGAUGUUAUAGGGGUUGUUGAUGAAGCCAUAAAAGAGGUUGCAUUCCUUCUGGGCAAUGAAAAAGGACAGACAAUUUUGUUGCAGUUGGACAGCUUCCUAUUGGGUUAUAAGACCUCCAUGGCGGAAUAUCUUAAAAACCAGCAGCUAAACAUAAAUGAAAGCUUAAAAGCUGAGCUGUUUAAUAUCAGCAGGUUAAGGGAUUAUAUAGAGAAACAGGAGAAUCUUCCAGAUGAAGUGAAAGUAGCCUGGCUGGCAAUUGUGUCUGAGAUUAGAGAUGACUGUCACAGUUACUUCCUCCUGGGAAUACACAAAGGUCUCAAGGUGGUUUACUGUAAAUUGUGGACUCCAGCUUGGUUUUCAGAGCAUGAAAAGAUUAUUGAACAACUAGAAGAUACUUUGAUGGAGAAAAUUAACUCUUUGAAGGGGUUACACGGUGACUGUCAAAAGGAGCUGUUGACCCAGCUUCAUUUUGAGGUGAUGAUUGAAUACGUGAGGAGGAUGCUAAAGAGGAAAUUAAAACUAAAAAACAAGCAUGACCAGGAGGCAGCUGCACUCUUUCUCUGUGAGGACAGCAACAGAAUCAACACACUGUUUGGCAGAAAUCAAUCAGAGAAGAAAUGGCUGUCUGAAAUUUUACCCAGAGUUUCCGAGGUGAUAAAGGAGCAAGAUCCAGAAAGCCUUGUACUGGAAAUCUGUGCACUCUUAAAACACCACCCUGACCUCAGUGAGCAACAGAUCUGUCAGCUUUUGCAGCUGAAAAGCAGAUGUCCAGAUGUACGCAUGAUAAGAGAGUGUUACCAACAAACUAUAAGCAAUCUGCAAAACCCAGAGCUGACUCAAACUUUCUUCUCCCAUGUGCCUAAAAGUAUUUCAUUGAGCUUCUCUUCUUGCCUUCCCUUCUGUUGUUUUACCAAUGUGCUCCCAUGUAGAAAAUGA